AUGGCACAACUAGCUAUGGGUGGGCCAGAGAAGGACACCAUUUGUGAGCUGUGUGGAGAAUCGCAUCCUUACCCGGUUACCUACCACAUGCGACAAGCCCACCCUGGCUGUGGUCGAUAUGCUGGGGGUCAAGGAUACAACAGCAUUGGCCACUUCUGUGGUGGUUGGGCAGGAAAUUGUGGCGACGGAGGCAUUGGAGGUAGCACCUGGUACCUAGUCUGCGACCGCUGUCGAGAAAAAUACCUGAGAGAAAAACAAACUGCUGCAAGAGAAAAGGUGAAGCAGUCGAGGAAAAAACCAUUGCAAGUCAAAACUCCAAGGGCUUUGCCUACUAUGGAGGCUCACCAGGUCAUCCGUGCAAAUGCGUUGUUCCUACUCUCUCUGAGUAGCGCAGCAGAACCCAGCAUGCUUUGCCACCACCUGCCCCGGCCCCCACAUCCACAGAUGCUCCCCAGCCUUAAGGAGGGCGUGUCUGAGGAAAUACCAAACAAAAUUGGAUGUCUAUACCUUCAGACGCUUGCCAGGCAACACACUGAAAACUUUGGGGGUUACCAGGAUGAUAAUCUUUUCCAAGAUGAGAUGAGGUAUUUGCGCUCGACCUCUGUUCCUGCCCCCUACAUCUCAGUCACCCCUGAUGCCUGCCCUAAUGUGUUUGAGGAACCAGAGAAUAACAUGAAGUCAAUGCCCCCAAGUCUUGAGACAAGUCCUAUCACUGACAGUGAUACAGCUAAAAGGACAGUGUUCCAGAGAUCAUACUCAGUCGUGGCUUCUGAGUAUGACAAACAACACUCUCCAUCACCAGCCCGGGUUAAGGCUGUCCCGAGACGCAGAGUGCAUAGUGGUGACGCAGAGGUAGGAUCUUCACUGUUGCGACACCCCUCUCCCGAGCUGUCCAGGCUUAUCUCUGCACAUGGCUCACUCAGUAAAGGAGAGAGGAAUUUUCAGUGGCCUGUCUUGGCCUUUGUCAUCCAGCACCAUGACCUUGAGGGGCUGGAAGUGGCUAUGAAGCAUGCUUUGAGAAAAUCUGCCUGCCGAGUCUUUGCUAUGGAGGCUUUCAAUUGGCUGCUGUGCAAUGUAAUUCAGACCACAUCCCUCCACGAUAUACUCUGGCAUUUUGUUGCGUCCCUCACACCAUCUCCUUUUGAGCCUGAAGAUGAAGAGGAGGAAGAGAACAAAGGCAACAAGGAAAUAGUGGAGCAGGAAAGGGAUCUUGGUGUCUGCGAACAUCCUCUGUCCGACAUUGUCAUUGCUGGGGAGGCCGCUCACCCUCUCCCCCACACCUUCCACCGCCUCCUGCAGACGAUCUCAGACCUCAUGAUGUCCCUUCCCAGUGGUAGCUCGCUUCAACAAAUGGCUCUCAGAUGCUGGAGUCUUAAAUUCAAGCAGUCAGACCAUCAAUUUCUUCACCAAAGCAAUGUUUUCCAUCACAUCAAUAAUAUAUUGUCCAAAUCGGAUGAUGGGGACAGUGAGGAAAGCUUUAAUAUCAGUGUGCAAUCAGGCUACGAAGCGAUGAGCCAGGACUUGUGUCUUGUCACGUGUCUAAAAGACCUAACGAGUGUCGUAGACAUGAAGACAUCUAGUCGUCCAGCCAUGAUUGGAAGUCUCACUGAUGGAUCCACUGAGACCUUUUGGGAAUCUGGAGAUGAAGACAAGAACAAAACCAAAAACAUCACAAUUAGUUGUGUCAAAGGCAUAAAUGCUUCAAAUGUGUCUGUUCAUGUGGACAACUCAAGAGACAUUGGGAACAAAGUCACUUCAGUCACAUUCCUUUGUGGAAAAGCAGUUGAGGACCUCUGCAGGAUUAAACAGGUUGACCUUGACUCUCGACACAUGGGCUGGGUGGCAAGUGAGCUUCCUGGUGGGGAUCAUCAUGUGAUCAAAGUGGAACUGAAAGGCCCAGAAAACACAUUAAGGGUUCGACAAGUCAAAGUCCUCGGCUGGAAAGACGGCGAGAGCAUCAAGAUUCCAGGACAAGUGUCGGCCAGUAUGGCCCAACAGAAGAACUGUGAGGCUGAGACACUUCGAGUGUUUCGCCUCAUCACCUCACAGGUAUUUGGAAAACUAAUUUCGGGUGAUGCUGAGCCAACUCCAGAACAAGAAGAGAAAAACCUUCUAUCAUCACCAGAGGGAGAGGACAAGGCACCAUCAGAUGCAGAUCUAAAGGAGCACAUGGUUGGCAUCAUCUUCAGCAGAAGCAAGCUCACUAAUCUCCAGAAACAAGUGUGUGCACAUAUUGUCCAAGCUAUCCGAAUGGAGGCUACUCGCGUCAGGGAGGAGUGGGAGCAUGCCAUUUCUAGCAAGGAAAAUGCCAAUUCUCAACCUAGUGACGACGAUGCUUCCUCAGAUGCCUAUUGCUUUGAGCUGCUGUCCAUGGUGCUAGCUCUCAGUGGGUCUAAUGUGGGCCGCCAGUAUCUUGCACAACAGUUAACGCUAAUGCAAGAUCUAUUCUCACUGCUACAUACUGCAUCCCCACGAGUACAAAGACAGGUGACAUCUUUGCUUAGACGAGUGCUACCUGAAGUAACUCCAGUACGACUGGCCAGCAUUAUUGGAGUGAAGGCUCUGCCUCCUGCAGACAUCAGUGAUAUUAUUCACUCGACAGAGAAAGGAGACUGGAACAAAUUGGGCAUCUUAGACAUGUUUCUGGGAUGCAUUGCUAAAGCCCUUACUGUGCAGCUGAAAGCCAAAGGUACCACUAUCUCUGGUACUGCUGGCAUGACUGUAGGUAAAGGGGUAACAACGGUCACGCUGCCAAUGAUCUUCAACUCUUGUUAUAUCAGAAGAGGUGAGAGCCACUGGUGGAUGAAAGGCUCCACUCCUCCACAAAUAGCAGAGAUCAUCAUAAAGCUGGUCAAAGACAUGGCAGCAGGACAUUUAUCUGAUGGGUGGUCCAGAGUCACCAAAAAUGCCAUCGCUGAGACCAUUAUUGCUCUGACCAAAAUGGAGGAGGAGCAUAGGUCCCCUGUAAGGUGUAUCGCCACAACACGGCUUUGGCUUGCCCUGGCUUCACUUUGUGUUCUGGACCAGGAUCAUGUAGACAGGCUGUCAUCUGGCCGGUGGAUGGGCAAAGAUGGUCAACAAAAACAGAUGCCCAUGUGUGACAAUCAUGAUGAUGGCGAGACAGCAGCCAUCAUCCUGUGUAACAAUUGUGGAAACCUCUGUACUGAUUGUGACAGAUUCCUCCAUUUGCAUCGGCGCACCCGCUCUCACCAAAGACAGGUUUUUAAGGAGGAAGAGGAGGCUAUAAAGGUGGAUCUUCAUGAAGGCUGUGGAAGGACCAAGCUAUUCUGGCUAAUGGCUUUGGCUGACUCAAAGACUAUGAAGGCCAUGGCAGAGUUUCGAGAACACACGGGUAAACCAGCAUCUAGCAGCUCGGACGCCUGCCGUUUCUGUGGUACCAGGAAUGGAACUGAGCUCUCUGCUGUGGGAAGUGUUUGUUCAGACCCAGACUGCCAGGAGUAUGCCAAACUUGCCUGCAGUAAGACUCAUCCUUGUGGGCAUCCAUGCGGUGGAGUCAAGAAUGAAGACAGCUGCUUGCCGUGUCUUCAUGGCUGUGACAAAAACACUGGCUGCCUGAAACAAGAUGCAGAUGACAUGUGUAUGAUUUGCUUUACCGAAGCCCUCUCGGCUGCACCUGCGAUACAGUUGGACUGCACACAUGUGUUCCACCUUCAGUGCACUCGCCGUGUGCUGGAAAAUCGCUGGCUUGGUCCUCGUAUUACAUUUGGUUUUAUGCAGUGUCCAAUUUGCAAGAACAAAAUCAACCACUCUGUGCUAAAGGACCUGUUGGACCCAAUUAAGGAGCUUUACGAGGAUGUGAGAAGGAAGGCUUUAAUGAGGCUGGAGUAUGAGGGUCUCCACAAGAGUGAGGCCAUAACGACACCCGGCGCACGCUUCCACAGUGACCCUGCAGGAUUUGCCAUGAACAGAUAUGCAUAUUAUGUCUGCUACAAAUGCAAGAAGGCCUAUUUUGGAGGAGAAGCACGCUGUGACGCUGAGGCAGGACAGGGAGAUGACUACGACCCCAGUGAGCUUAUCUGUGGAGCUUGUUCCGAUGUGUCCAGGGCUCAGAUGUGCUCUAAACAUGGCACGGAUUUCCUAGAGUACAAAUGCCGGUACUGCUGCUCUGUGGCGGUUUUCUUCUGCUUUGGCACCACACACUUCUGCAAUGCUUGUCAUGAUGACUUCCAGAGGAUGACCAGCAUCCCUAAAGAGGAGCUGCCUCAUUGUCCUGCAGGGCCCAAAGGCAAACAGCUGGAAGGAACAGAGUGCCCGUUGCAUGUGGUACACCCUCCGACAGGGGAGGAGUUUGCUUUGGGCUGUGGUCUCUGCUCUAAGCCCGGCGUCUUCAGCCAUUGGUGA